AUGAACUCACGCCUGCGUCUCGCUCCCAAACCCGCAGGCGCCGCCGCCGGAGAGCUCGAGCUGCUCGUCCCGCGGGCCGCCGCCGCCGGCAUGGACCGCCACGAGCUGGGCGGCGCGGGAGCCGUCGAGAUCGAGAAGGCGCCGCGCGAGGCCGGGGCGGACAUGGAGUCGGAGCCGGCCGCGGCGCGCGCGGCGGAGCGCGUCCCGCCGUGGCGCGAGCAGCUGACGGCCCGCGGCCUGGUGGCGGCGCUGCUCAUCGGCGUCGUCUACACGGUCAUCGUCAUGAAGCUCAGCCUCACCACGGGGAUCGUGCCCACGCUCAACGUCUCCGCCGCGCUGCUCGCCUUCCUCGCGCUCCGCGGGUGGACGCACGCGCUCCACCGCCUCGGCAUUGCGUCGCGCCCCUUCACACGACAGGAGAACACCGUCGUCCAGACCUGCAUCGUCGCCUGCUACACCAUCGGAUUCGGAGGCGGGUUCGGGUCCUUCUUGCUGGGGCUGGACAAGAAGACGUACGAGCUGGCCGGGGCCAGCACGCCGGGCAACGUGCCGGGGAGCUACAAGGACCCCGGCAUCGGAUGGAUGAUGGGCUUCCUCCUCGCCGUCAGCUUCGUCGGCCUCCUCACCUUGCUCCCCCUCAGAAAGGUGCUGGUCAUCGACUAUAAACUAACCUAUCCAAGUGGGACUGCGACUGCCGUCCUCAUAAACGGCUUCCACACACCUCAAGGAGAUAAGAAUGCAAAGAAACAGGUCCUUGGCUUCCUCAAGUACUUUGGGAUCAGCUUCUUCUGGAGCUUUUUCCAGUGGUUCUACACCGGCGGCGAAUCCUGCGGAUUCAUGUAUUUCCCUACAUUUGGGCUGAAAGCUUGGAAGCAAUCGUUCUUCUUCGACUUCAGUCUGACCUAUGUUGGCGCCGGGAUGAUCUGCUCGCACCUCGUCAACCUUUCCCUCCUCUUUGGCGCCGUCCUUUCCUGGGGCGUAAUGUGGCCGCUCAUGAGGAAACAGGAGGGGAAUUGGUACUCGGCAAAGGCGUCUGCGAGCAGCAUGACAGGCCUCUAUGGUUACAAGGCCUUCCUCUGCAUUGCACUGCUCAUUGGAGACGGCUCCUACAACUUCUUCAAAGUCAUCAUUGUCACCCUCAACAGCAUACGCGAAAAAUCGAAGCGCGGUCGACUUAACAGAGUGGCAGAUGCGGACUCGGCCAUCGACGACAUGCAGCGCAACGAGGUGUUCAACCGUGACAACAUCCCGUCCUGGGUGACGUACGCCGGGUACGUCCUGCUCAGCGCCAUCGCGGUGGUGGCCAUCCCGCUCAUAUUCCGGCAGGUGAAGUGGUACUACGUGGUGAUCGCGUACCUCCUGGCACCGGCGCUGGGGUUCUGCAACGCCUACGGCACGGGGCUCACUGACAUGAACAUGGGCUACAACUACGGCAAGGUGGCGCUGUUCGUGUUCGCGGCGUGGGCAGGGAAGGAUAACGGUGUGGUGGCCGGGCUGGUCACCUGCGGGCUCGUCAAGCAGCUGGUGCUCGUCUCGGCGGACCUGAUGCACGACUUCAAGACAGCACACCUGACGCUGACAUCGCCGCGGUCGAUGCUGGUGGGGCAGGCCGUGGGCACGCUCAUGGGCUGUGUGGUGGCGCCACUCACCUUCUACCUCUUCUAUGAGGCCUUCGACAUCGGCAACCCGGACGGUUACUGGAAGGCACCCUAUGCACUCAUCUACCGCAACAUGGCCAUCCUCGGCGUGGAGGGCUUCGACGCGCUGCCGAAGCACUGCCUGCAGCUCUGUGCAGCCUUCUUCGCCUUCGCGGUGCUGGCGAACCUGGCCAGGGACUUCCUGCCACGGAGGAUCGGGAGGUUCGUGCCGCUGCCCAUGGCCAUGGCUGUGCCGUUCCUCGUCGGCGCGAGCUUCGCCAUUGACAUGUGCGUGGGGAGCCUUGUGGUGUUCCUCUGGCACAAGCUCAACGGGAAGAAAGCCGCGCUGCUCAUACCAGCCGUCGCGUCUGGGUUGAUCUGCGGCGACGGGAUAUGGAUAUUCCCGUCGUCGCUGCUCGCGCUGGCCAAGAUCAAGCCACCCAUCUGCAUGAAGUUCACACCCGGAAGCUAGAGAUGUACAUCAUCAGAUUAUAGUAAGAUAAGCACUUUGGGGUUACAAUUACAUAGAGUAAUGCCGGUAAAUUCGGCAGCUUGUUGAUAAGAGUCUAGACACUAGGUCGUGUACCCUGUACAUGUUAGCAGAGGCGGAAAUUUUCAGAGCGACAGAACAAUUGCUUGUUGUCGCGUCCUGAGAUCAAAUCAAAUGGCUUCCGGUGAGCCCCAACUGGGAAUGUGAUGCCACCUAGAGGUACUAUACUAUAUAUUCAAAAGUGCAGAACCUAAUUGAUCCAAUUUCGGGUGAAUGGGAUGAAAAACUAAUCAGAUCAAUUUUCUGGCCGAUUAAUGCACAACAAGUGUUAUCUA